AGCAGAUAAAAGUUUUGGAAACAGAGUAGGAGAGGGAGAGGGAAGGGGAAAAAUAACGAAAAGAUAGAGCAGAUACAGUCCAUGUUAAUGGCAAAGGUAGGAGGAGAUUCAUGGAAGAAAAGGAGGAAGCUCUCUGUGUCUCAGGAGUCCUCCUGUUCCUCUUCUGCUUCUUCUUCUUUCUGUGAGGCUGCAAGACAUCAUCCAUCACCAUGUUCUCUGACAGCAGGGCUCCAGCGCCUGGGGAGCAGAAAGGCUUCAAGCCUCACGCCCCUCACUUCAUCCCGUGGCUGCGCAAUAGUCUGAAGCCCCACCACAGCAGUGACCUGGGGCUCAACGGACCAUACAAAUCCAACUCUGAGGCCCGCAGCAACCUGACCCCGCUGGAGAGAGCCAAAGGGAUUGGGUUCUUCUCCAUUCAGGGGAAGGACAGAGCAAAGAAGGGUGAGCUUCGGUGUAAUGGCGUGGGGAUGGCGAGGAUGCUGCCAGUGAUGCUGAGGGGGCACCACAUCCUGCCAGGGAGUCUGGGGAAGCAAAGGGAGGACAGUCCUGCCAGGUGGAACCAGUCUCCAGAGCUGGAACCAGACCCCAACACACAGAUCAGCCCAGGGGACGGGCCGCAGGGUCUGGGCAACAGCUCCACUUCUGCCCAGAACAACCACACCUUUGUUAGCAGCCACCUGAGCCUCCUUCAUGCGCAGAAUGACGCGACUAGCACCACAGUCAGGAAAUAUGGGCCACUGAUGGGACCCCCUCCGGUUUCUGUUCCUGCACUACUGGCUGAGGAGCCAAACUGUAAGGUGCCUGUUGUGGCGUGCAUGGAGGACAGGAGGGGGAAGGUGUGGGACUACGCCAGCCACACUAUUCGUCAGAGAGACCUCCAUUCAUCCAGCUGGCUGAGCUCAGACACUCAGGGAUUAAUCGAGAGGCAGCACGGGUUCAGUUCCAGCUUCAGCUACAUCAGCAGGAACUCCCAGAGCCAGAAAGACCUGACAGCGCUGAGGGAUCCACCUGUGGAGGGUUUCAAUGGCCCCCUCAACGGAGUCACCUUCUCCACAGAGGUUCCACAGAGAGGCCUGGGCUGUACCGCGACUCUACGAGGCCCCAGGAAACCCAGACCGAGCUCAGAGCGCAUUGCGGUCCUGGGCCAGAACCAGACAUGGGUCCAGCACAAACAAGCAAACAGAGAAGGGGAGUCACAGAGGAAGGAAGCAGGCUGUAACAGAAAAGUGGUCCGAAACCAGAUUAAACGAGUGGUGGACAACCUGGAACAGGUUCUUGCAGCGCUGAGGGAUGUUCACCAGGAAAUGAAAGAGGUUGUGCAGCAGAUCGACCAUCUAACCUCGUCCAUUGAUCUGAAUGAGGAGGAGCAGCAGCAGCACACUAGCAGAGGAGACAGAAGCCCCAGUUCAGGUUCCAGCUCCAGCGAGGUGUUGGUGGGCAGCACUCAACAGAGGCCCUCAGAGCCUGAAGACCAGCCAGGAACCACACACUCAUCUGGCACCCUCAGGAGAAAUCAUCGCACCAGGAGCCAAUCUCCACCAAAUGUGCAGAUGUGCCCAGUAAACUCUGGAUUUUCAUCAGAGAAGACUCGAACUCAUUGGCUCACCAGUAGUCUCCCUUCGGCAGUUUCCUCAGUUAAGAUCAGCAACCCACCUCAACUCCAAAACCUCACCUCUCAUGACCUUACUUUGUCUCCCCAAAGAACCCUCCUGGUUCGGCCUCCCACUCCUGGUCUCUCCCCUCUAACAGUAAACCUCCAUCACUCCAGCAGCCCUGGUUCUCAGCCUCAUUCCCCUGGUCACUGCUCCUCUAUCGGGGUCAGCCCUGUCUCCCCUCCCUCCCCUCUGUCUCCAAAGUCUCAUCCACCCCCUGCCCUUAGCCCUUCUGUCAUCAUAGAGACCAAAGUCGGAUCUUACCAGACCCCACAAAGCGACCACCCAUCUGCUGGUCCGCUCUGUCCAUCACUGACCCAGCCUCCGUCUGCCAGCUGCCCACCCACUGACUCAGAAACUCAAACUGUGUCCAACACCGACAGAGAGAGGGGAGCAUCCUCAGCAGGGCCCGUUCAGUUGUGCACCACCCCCGCGGCCACAACUAAACCAACUGCAGCACAGGGCCGCAGAGGUCGCAAGCCUCCACCGUACCCACACCACAAACUCUCUGAACAGACAAAGAAAGUCAAGGAGCCCCGCAAAGCUCCUCCAUACCCCGAGAAAAGAAGACUGCUCUCGACCACAGUGUGAGACAAAUGCAGCAGGAGGGGGAGGCUGAUCGAACAGAGCCAUAUUCACAGCACCAGCCACGAGUCUGCAAGAGCGGAGAGUGAUUUAAGGCUCGCCAAGUUGAGCUGAGACCAAGUUUCCAAGGUGACAGGACUUUAGACGCAACUUGGGGUGAGUAUGCUAGGAGAAACAACUUGGCUUAGCUCUCCUUCUCUUCAAAUCUCUUGAGGACAUAUGCUGAACAUACACAGGGCAUCAUAACAUCUGUCUGGGUUAAUGUGAUGGUAACAAGAGCCCCUGUACAGAUGCUCACUUUGCACCCCACCUCUCACACUCCCACAGAUUGCACAGUUAAAAAGGGCAAAGGAAGAGACCUAAUUAGUCAGAAAUAUGAAGGAAAGUGCAAUUAUUGCAAGAUGACAGGAAAAAGUAAGACCUUAUUACUUUAGAGCACUUCAAUCUAUGAAGCCAGACACAUUCACUCUCAUGUAUCAGCAUUGUUUGGGUUAGAUAAUUGCUUUCAGGAGUCGUGAUGGUAUAACAAGAACUCAUGCGGGGGAAGCGACGCCAGAGAUCUGUGGAGAUUUGGAGACAAAAAAGGUCUCAUAAUAUGAGAAACUUAGCGAGGCCAGAUAAGAAGUGAGCAGGCCGAGUGGCCUCGAGCUGACUAGGUCAACAUCCCGGCACCUGGGUGCACGUCAGGGGAGACAAGAGGCAGCUGGCCAUUCGUUGUACCCUUCACUGGGCCCCUGGUGUUACAAAAAUCCCAUCUCCUUUGCUGCCUCUGGCUUGACCGACCCGGCCACAAUCUCCAUCUGUUCCCCUCCAAACGUCAGGAGAUGCAAAGAGAGAGAAAU